GGGGGGCUCUGCCCUCCCUUCUCACCCCAUCCUUUUUGUCACAGAUUGAUGAGAUGCCAGAAGCUGCAGUAAAAUCCUCCUCCAAUAAGUACCAAGUCUUCUUCUUCGGGACCCACGAAACGGCAUUCCUGGGGCCCAAAGACCUUUUCCCCUACGAGGAGUGCAAGGAGAAGUUCGGGAAACCCAACAAGCGGAAAGGGUUCAGCGAAGGUUUGUGGGAGAUCGAGAACAACCCCACGGUCAAAGCCUCCGGCUACCAGCCCACCCAGAAGAAGAGCUGCCCCGAGGCGGCCGAGCGGGAGCCGGAUGGGGACGGGGAGAAGAAGGGCAACGCCGAGGGCAGCAGCGACGAGGAGGGGAAGCUGGUGAUCGACGAGCAGUCCAAGGACAAGAACGAGAAAGCUGGGAUCAAGAGGAAAGCGGAAGAUGCUUUGGAGGACUCCCCCAAACGCCCCAAGGAUGCGGAGGGGCAGGAAGGGGAGAAGAAGGUGGACAACGAAGAGGCCCCCAAGGAGGAGCCCAAAGCCAACCCGGGCGAAGGGGAGAAGAACAGCGACGCCGCCGACGUGCCGGACGCCAAGAAGCCCACAGAGGUGGAGUGGAGGUACACGGAGGAGGGCGAGCGCGUCCGCGUGUCCCUGCGCAGCGGCCGCAUCCUGCCCGUGCCCCCGCAGCCACGCCGGGAUGGCAUCGUGCCCGAGAACUGGAUCGACGGCCCCAAGGACACGUCAGUGGAGGACGCGCUGGCCAAGACGUACAAGCCAUCCCUGAAGACCUUUGAGGAGGAGAUCAUGGACGCCAUGGGCAUUGUGGAGACACGGCGGGCCAAGAAAUCCUACUGGUAUUAACUGGGGGGGCAGACUUCCCCCCGGCUGGGCUUCUGCAAUAAACACACCCCUCGAUUUUCCA